CGAGGUGGACACAGUUCUAAUUAUUGCUCGAGGCGGUCAAGGUGUUCGGCUUCUCCACCCGCUCGGAGGCACUCUGCCUCUCCGGGGGCAGGAAGGAAGGUCAGCGGUACGCAUAAUUCCAAACCGGCUGUGCACUGGCAGGGUUUUCAAGAGAGCGCACACAGCAAUUGCUCCUCAGCAGUGUGUGCCAUAUGCCUGGGGAGUCACAGCCACAACUUUAUUGAUUGCAUGGCCGAACGACUCUGGGACAACAAGUUCCAGAUCGUUACCACUCACACCAACAGAUCACUCACCUUGCGAGGCUCCAACAAACCCUUGUGUGUCGAUUGGCAG